AUGUCUUACAACGGGAUCGGUCUCAAGAGCGCCAAGGGGUCUUCCACCUCAGGCCAUAUACAGAGAUCGCUGGCUCAUAAUGAUGAGAGCAAGCGAACACAGUUGAAGAACUACACGGCGAGACGCAAGGCGGAUAAGAUAGAUAAACCCAAUGGCCAGCCGAGUGGGAGCAUCCAAAAGGCCAGAUUGCCGAGUCAAGAGAGCAUGAUGAAACAUCUUAGCAGGAGACAGAUCGAAGUCGCAGUUUGCGAGCUCAGAGAUGAGCUUGAAGAUAGGGAUGUGGAAGAAGACGUCAUAGAACAGAGGUGCGAUGAGCUGCGAACAAAGCUUCUCAAAGAGCAAGAGACAGAGCAGCGAAUAUCUAAGCUUUAUCAGACGAGAUCGCAAAGAUUGAAGGACGCUGGCGAGCGCCAGAGCAACGAGGAGCUCGUUAAGACGCAGAACUAG